UCAAAACGGGGUCCCUAUGGGGGUGGGAUGGAGACAGACCCUACCAUACAACCUUUGUAUCGUAAUUAAGUGGUAACUUUUUUCUCUCUUCCUUAUUGGCAAAACAGCGAAGAGGUCACCAGUGUGUCCGUCUGGUUUACGGUUCUUGGGUUCAACGCCCGCAACCAUCUUCAUCAUAGCCCCAAACGGUUCUGAUGCAGGUGCAUAUAAAACCAACCCAUAGGCCGAUGUCAAAUUCUCGGAGAUGCCGUACAAGGCCCUAUACCCCUCGUUCUUCUAAUUCCCUGCUCUGCCGACUCGAUAGCUUCUUCCCUUCGACAGGGGAAUGGCCAGGCCAGACGGUGCCUUUCAGGCUCGACUCACUGUCCGGAACAGUACGCAAAGGCUGGUACUUUAACCUUUUUCCCUGUCGCGCUCCCGCUCUUCCAGCGCUGGACAAGGAACCACUGGCGAGCCCGCCUUUGGCAGUCAACAAGUCCACUUCUAAUGCGAUCACCUGCUCAGCCAAUUUUAAACUGGUGCACUACCAUCGAAACCAGAGAGGAAAAAUAAAAUAAAAAAUAAAGGGAAAAUAAAAUAAACCUAUCUCCAGAAGAAGACUUUUUUUAUUUUCUGUUCUUGGGGGUUCCCUGGGAUUCUGACGAAAUUUUUCGUCCGGUCCUGCAGUUUGGUCUGGAUCUUGCCCACUGGAUUGGAUUGGGUCGUAUGCCCACCGGACAAAUUGGCUACUCGCGAGCCAAAAUAAAGCCCACCAAGAGUUUGGGAGCAAUUUUUUUUUUCCUCCCCUGCUGAAUGAGUUCGCAGCCGGCCUGUUAUACUGCUCGGUUACGCUGCCGAAUUAUCAUCCUCCCACUUUCUGCUUGUUUUGCUCCAUCCAUCAUCUCGAUACGCCUGUCUGUCACCAGUGCAAUUGGAAAAAUAAACGCUGCUGCUGACAGCUUAGCCAGCCCACCAUGGUUGGUAGAGAAAUGCCACAACCGGACUUUGCAUACAUGUCAUCUGUUCCUGGUAACGGGCCGUGGGGUCCAGGUUCAACUCGAAGCCCUGUCUACUCCGAUGGCUUCCAUCAGCAACAAAACCAAAACCAGAGCGCCGCCUUAAAGAAUGCUUUUCACAGGCCACCGCCAAGUCUUCAAUACGCGCCCGCGACGUCUUCAUUUAACUUGCCUACAAGUGUGUCCGCUGGUAAUCAUGCUCCACAUGCCCCAAGCCACCUCUCCCGAGCCGAAGCCGCCUUCUCGUCGGCAGGCGCAUUCAAUGCGCGACCUCCGCCGGGGGUCUUUGCCGCCAAUGCGCCACCACCGAACUUCAAUGCCUUCAAGAACCAGGCAUCCAACGGCUGGGAUCCGCAAGGGAGGUUCUCGCCGUCAGACUCGCUUGACGACAUCAUGGCGUCGCCGAAUCUAUCCGAUUACUCGUUAGAAAACGGCGUGGGGACUACGCCUCCAGGAGGCAAGGGCGGGAAGCAUGGUGGCAAGGGCGGGCCUGGUGGCAGGCCACAACGACGACCAUCGAACCGCGACGAGUUUGACGGGCCGCAUCAGUUUCUACAGCGGCCGCCGCCCGAAUACGUCGCAAUGCAGGAGAGGGAGCUGCCGCACCUCCCGACUAACCUGCUGGUCCAGGAGCAGGACAGUGUUUUGACGCAGGUCAACGACCGGCUAUCGCAGUGCGCAUACGACUUUGUAGCCAAGUAUCAGUUUCCUAUACCUCUGACCCAGGACAUGCGACCUGUAGAACGGCCGCAGGACAGGGAGUGGACCGAGUGGGUGUAUUUGUUGAAGCGCCUCGCCACCAAAAGGCGGAUUCCGGCCAGGGUCCUGUACAACGGACAGAUCAAGCAGUUCGUCACAAUCCUGGAGAACUCCCUCGAGAUGAGGCAUGCGGCAAAGCAUCAAUCGAGGCCACUCAAGGAUGACAGGAACAUCUUGCAGCUGAUAUCUGCCGGCAUCCAGGUGGCCAAGAUCCUGAAAGACGCACCUGCAAUGGACUACCUCGAUAAGCUUUAUGUCUCGACCGAGAAGCAGAUACAGGAAAGGGCCGCCGCCGCCGCAGCAAGAUUUCGAAGCUAG